AUGCUGACGUUUCUUCAUUUUAUACAGAAGGACCUGAACGAGGCUGCCGAAGGCGCCAUAGAAGAGGUGCUCCGCAGCGAUCCUUCCAAAUACGUUUCACAUACUGCUAGCUCCUUCAAUGUGGACCUGACUUUGUGGCAUGUAACAGCGCUAGAGCUUCAAAAUAUCCCGUUGGUUGAAGGCACCAACUACCUCCAGGUGGCCAGAGAGAAGGAAGGGAUGUUGGUGUUGGGCUCGGGGCCAGACAUGAAUGAUGGAAGCUGCAGACUUGUCUACUCCAUCAUCAAACCCUCCCAGCUUUCAGUCGAGCCAUUUGGUGCUUUUGAUACUUCUUCUUUAUGCAAGAACUAUGAAGCGCUAGGAAUCAUAUUAGGAUGUUCGGCUGUGAAGUGCUUCUCGAUCUUUGAGCCCUCAAUUGGAAUCAAUGUUGCAGUUGUGGACCACGAGAACAAUGAUAUCUCGCCUGGACAACAAACGAAGAGAGAAGGCGACGUCUUUCAUAUUGUAUCUUUGCCUUACAGCAGCACUACUGUACAAGACUUCAAGAGAAGCGUGAAGGAAAGGCUCCAAGGUUUGGGUCUUGACUUUUCCGCUUAUCACACGUUUUCCCACUCAACAACUGCCGGUGUCGUUACGCUUAUGACGCUUGGUUUCCAGCUUGGUUUCCAGCUUGGUUUCCAGCUUGGUUUCCAGCUUGGUUUCCAGCUUGGUUUCCAGCUUGUUCUCCAGCUUGGUUUCCAGCUUGGUUUCCAGCUUGGUUUCCAGCUUGGUUUCCAGCUUGGUUUCCAGCUUGGUCUCCAGCUUGGUUUCCAGCUUGGUUUCCAGCUUGGUUUCCAGCUUGGUUUCCAGCUUGGUUUCCAGCUUGGUCUCCAGCUUGGUUUGCCAGAGAGCCAGAUGUACCGCGGUGACCACGAGGCCAUUGAUGAUGCGAUCGUCUUCAACACUGUGAGAGACAAAGAAACCGACGCAGAAGAGAAGAGCGGUCGCCUUUAA